CGGCCCCCGCUCGCGCACUUUCCAGAGGUGGCGCCUUCGGCGCGUUAUGGGGGACGCUGGGACUCGGGCUCUUACCUCCGAGCAAGCCUGGCUUGAGGCUGCCCAGGCUUUCAUCCAAGAGACCCUGUGUCCAGCUGGCAAGGAGUCAAGUGUCCAGUUGACUCAGUUGGUAAUUGAUUGUGUGAAGACGGUCUGGUUGUCGCAGGGAAAGAACCAGGGUUUUAUACUGCCCCUCAGCUACAGCUUUGUCUCAGUACAGGACCUCAGGACCUAUCAGCAUCUCCCGUGUUGCAGCCAUCUGUCCUGGAGCAGUAGUGCAUACCAGGCUUGGGCCCAAGAGGCUGGACCAAAUGGGGUCCCCUUGCCCCAGGAGCGACUGUUACUUUUAGGGACACUAACAGAUCUAUCAGGGGACUUGGAACAAGAGUGCAGGAAUGGAAGCCUCUACGUGAGAGAUAACACUGGUGUCCUAGGCUGUGAGCUCAUAGAUCUGGACCUUUCUUGGUUGGGCCAUCUCUUCCUUUUCCCCAGUUGGAGUUACCUCCCUCCUGCCAGGCGGAAUUCCUCAGGGGAAGGACACUUGGAGCUCUGGGGUGCCCCUGUGCCAGUGUUCCCCUUGACUGUCAGUCCUGGCCCUGCCUCACCUAUUCCUGUCCUCUACCCGGAGAUAGCUUCCCGCCUGCUCAGGCAGAGAAGCAAGGUCAGAGUUGUAUACCCAAACCUGGCUGGGAAGCUGGUUCGAUUGAGUGCUCUGGUGAAUAGUCACAGGAAAACUUACUUUGUGCUGUCUCUUGGGAGUUCAUCCCCAGCUGUCAGCCAUGUGCCCAUUGUCGUGCAGGUCCCUGCCCAGCUGGUGUGGCACCAUGCCCUUUGGCCUGGUAGGUCCUAUGUGCUGACAGAGCUGCGAGUAUCCAGGAUCCGCGAGCACCCUUACCGUGUUUGGACGACCAGUCCCUCUUCCUGUCUGUUGCCACUGAAACCAGAAUGUGUGCGGGAGCUGGAACUGGAGCUGGAAGGACCCCUGCUGGAGGCUGACCCCAAGGCACUCCCUAUGCCCAGCAAUUCUCAGGACAGGAAGGGGAAGAAAGGUCUUAUCCGGAACUCCAGACUUCUCUCAUAUACAGGAACGGUCACUAGUGUACUGAAUGAGCCUGCUGGCUUCUAUGAGCUGGACGGGCAGCUGGGGCUCUGUCUCGCCUACCAGCAGUUCCACAGCUUCCAGCGGGUGGUGCGACCAGGAGUUUCUCUGGAGCUCCAGGAUGUUCACCUUCUCCAGUCAGUGGGUGGAGGAACAAAAAGGCCAGUGCUAGCCCCCUGUCUCGGUGGUGCCGUCCUGGUUCGUGGCUUCUCUCAUCAGAAGCCCAAGACUCAGUCAUCCCACCAAGCCCAUGGGGCCUCCCUGUAUGAGCAGCUGGUAUGGGAACGUCAGUUAGGACUUCCCCUCUACCUGUGGGCUUCCAAGGCCCUGGAGGAACUAGCCUGCAAGCUGUGUCCCCACGUGCUGAGGCAUCACCAGUUCCUGCAGCGUUCCUGUCCUGGGAACCCCAGCCUAGGACUGCAACUCCUGGCUCCUACCCUGGAUAUUCUACCUCUGCCAGGCAGCCCUGUUCGGAAUGCACACAAGGAGAUCCUUGAAGAGCCACAUCACUGUCCCCUCCAGAAAUACACCCGGUUGCAGACUCCCUGCUCUUUCCCCACGCUGGCUGCCCUGAAGGAGGAAGGGCAGUCCAGGGCCUGGGCCUCCUUUGACCCUAAGGCCCUUCUGCCCCUCCCAGAGGCUUCCCACCUACCCAGUUGCCAGCUCAAUCAUCGCCUGGCCUGGUCCUGGAUCUGCCUGCUGCCCUCUGCCUUCCACCCAGCCCAGGUUUUACUUGGUGUCCUAGUGGCUUCAUCUCAUAAAGGUUGUCUGCAACUUCGGGACCAAAGUGGUUCCCUGCCCUGCCUUCUCCUGGCCAAGCACUCACAACCUGUCACUGACCCUCGACUCUCAGGAUGCCUGGUGCGGGCAGAGAAGUUCCAGCUGAUUGUAGAGAGGGAUGUCAGAAGCAACUUCCCAUCCUGGAGGGAGCUGAACAUGGCAGCCUUCAUCCAGAAGCAGCAAGCCAGAGUCUAUGUCCAGUUCUUCCUGGCAGAUGCCCUGAUCCUACCUGUGCCUAGGCCCUUCCAUCGUUCAGCUACCUCCUCAAGACUUCCUCAGACAGAACCCCCCAACCCAGAUGGACCCCACAUAGGACAGAGCCGGCUAUUCUUGCUAUCCCACAAGGAGGCCCUGAUGAAGCGGAACUUUUGUGUCCCCCCAGGAGCCAGUCUGGAGGCGCCCAAGCCCACUCUCAGUUUCCAUGUGUCAGGCAGCUGGCUUGGGGGCACCCAGAGGAAGGAGGGGACUGGAUGGGGCCCACCUGAGCCCCAGGGAGAUGAGGAGAAGGAUCAGAAGGUUCUCCUCAUCUUCCUUGGCUCUUCAGUCCGCUGGUUUGAGUUCUUGCACCCAGGGCAAGUGUACCGACUUGUGGCUCCAGGCCCCCCCACACCAACAUUGUUCAAGGAAGGCAGUUCAUCCUGCAUAUCUCAGCGGCCUUUGGAGUUGGCUGGCUGUGCUUCCUGCCUCACUGUCCAGGAUGAGUGGACCCUGGAGCUUGAGCGUUCCCAGGACAUCCCAGAUGUGCUGGGUAUAAACAAGGCACUUCCCGAAUCCUCGAUGACUGACUUCCUCAGUAGCAAUUUCACAGAUUCCUUGGUGUCUUUCUCAGCUGAGAUUUUGUCACGAUCACUGUGUGAGCCACUUCCACCCCCUCUCUGGACAAAGCCCGGGAGCCCUGGAGCUGCGAAAGCGUGUGUGAAGCUGACCGUAGCUCUAGAGACUGCUGACUGUGAAUUUCCCCCUCACCUGGGCAUAUAUAUCGAAGACCCAUACCUGCCUCCCCCACUAGGACUCCUCCCAGGAGCUCGAGUCUACUUUAAACAGCUGGAGAAAAGGCUUUCCAGAUCCCACAACGUGUACUGUUGUUUCCGGUCGUCCACUUACGUGCAGGUCCUGAGCUUUCCCCCCGAGACCACCACCAGCACCUCCUUGCCCCACAUCUACCUGGCUGAACUUCUGCAGGGUCGCCAGGCCCCAUUCCAGGCCACUGCCUCUUGUCAUAUCGUUUCUGUCUUCAGCCUUCAGCUCCUCUGGGUGUGUGCUCAUUGUACCAGCCUCUGCCUCCAGGGAAGGUGUACUCAUCAAGGCUCCACUUGCCCUACUCAGACCUCUGUAAGCCAGGCCAGCAUCAGGCUCCUGGUGGAAGAUGGGACUGCUGAAGCUGUGGUGACCUGUAGGGAUCAUCAUGUGGCAGCAGCUCUAGGGCUGUGUCCUAGUGAGUGGAACUCCCUCCUAGAGCGUGUCCGAAUGCCAGGGAGAGUGGUCUUGCACUUUAUAGGGCCUGGAGCCCAACUUGAGUCCUCAGCCAAGAUUGAUGAGCCCUUGACCCUCUUCCUCUGGACACUCUGUACCAGCCUCUCUGUCCUCCGCCCCAUUAUGCUUUCUUUUGAGCUUGAGAGGAAACCCUCUAAGAUCCUCCCAUUAGAACCUCCCCGGCUACAGCGUUUCCAGUGUGGGGACUUCCCUCUCCUGACUCGUGUGAAUCCCAGACUGCAGCUGUCAUGCCUCUCUAUUCAGGAGCAAGAACACCCCAGCUCUCUGGGGGCCUUUGCUUCCCCCUGUUAGCCUGGACUGCAAGGAGGACCUGAAAGUUCUUGCCUUGCUGGAAACCUUAAGGCCUGGGUCCUAGUUCUUCCUCUUUGUGGUUGCCUCUACUUCCUCUGUGAUUGAGCCAGGAGCCUAGAUCCUUGUAUUCACAAACUGCUACCUCACUGUAAUUUCUUCUCCUUGGUCCCAGAUGAGGGACCUAGCAUGGUGGAGCCAGCCUGCCUUGUGAGAGAAAUUGUGGAAACAGGCAAAUCAUGCUGCUGUUAAUAUUUCCUCUCUGGUUGAGGUCAAGGCAUCUGUACUCACAGGUGGCCCUGAGCAUCAGGGUCCUGCCUUUGUGGCAGGGGUCAGAGAACCAAAAGACUUGCAUCUCGUAGGGGUGCUGGUGACAGGCCCUUGGCCUGUAAUAAAGCUCUCUAGUAAUAUUUCUCACUUGCAUUCAUUUCUGGGGUCCUAGGUCUCCUGAUCCCCUAGUAUCUGGCCCAUGGUUCACAGUUGUUUUUAUUCUUACUUGUCACCAGUGCCAGAGCUGGGAGAAGGUUUGGAGGAGAGGUGCAGUCCAUGCCCUCAAGAGCUGGUCCAGCAGAGGAGAUGAUACCAGAAGUCAGGGACCAUAAGGGAGUAAAUUAGGGAGUGGGGACAGGGCAGAAAAUGGCUAUGAUGAUCUCAGUCAGCAAGGUUCGUCCCUGGAAGAAGUCAAGUUGAGAUC